AUGAGCACUUUGGGAAAAGUUAUUAGAUGCAAAGCUGCUGUGUUGUGGGGCCUCAAGCAACCCUUUUCCAUUGAGGAAGUGGAAGUUGCCCCACCAAAGGCUUAUGAAGUUCGAAUUAAGAUUUUGGCCACAGGGAUCUGUCGAUCAGAUGACCAUGCAAUCCAAGGAUACUUGGUUGCUAAAUUCCCAGUAAUUUUGGGACAUGAAGCAGCUGGAAUUGUAGAAAGUAUUGGAGAGGGAGUAACUACAGUGAAACCAGGAGAUAAGGUCAUCCCACUCUGCCUUCCACAAUGUGGAAAGUGCUCUUCUUGCAUAAACCCUAAUGGCAACUUCUGUGAGAAAGUUGAUAUUACAGGUAAGGGAGUAUUAUCUGAUGACACCAGUAGAUUUACCUGCAGAGGGAAGCCAGUCUACCACUUCUUGAGCACCAGUACCUUCACUGAGUACACAGUGGUGGAGGAAUCUUCAGUUAUUAAAAUCGAUGCUGCUGCUCCCCUAGAGAAGGUCUGUUUGAUUGGUUGUGGAUUCUCUACUGGCUACGGAGCAGCAGUGAAGACCGCCAAGGUCACCCCUGGAUCUACUUGUGUUGUCUUUGGGCUGGGAGGAGUUGGCCUCUCAGUCAUUAUAGGCUGCAAAUCAGCUGGUGCUUCCCAGAUCAUUGGAAUUGACAUCAACAAAGACAAAUUUGGGAAGGCCAAGGCUGUAGGAGCCACUGAGUGCAUCAGCCCUAAGGACUACACCAAGCCUAUCAGUGAAGUGCUGAAGGAGAUGACUGGCAAUUCUGUGGGGUACACCUUUGAGGCCAUUGGGCAUCCUGAAACCUUGAUUGAUGCCCUGGCUUCCUGCCACGUGAGCUAUGGAACCAGUGUGAUAGUAGGACUUCCUCCAUCAUCUACAAUGCUCACUUAUGAUCCCAUGCUGCUGUUCACUGGACGCACCUGGAAAGGAUGUGUUUUUGGAGGUUGGAAAAGCAAAGAAGACAUUCCAAAACUAGUAUCUGAUUUCCUGGCAAAGAAAUUUGACUUGGAUCAGUUAAUAACCCAUGUUCUACCUUUCAAUAAAAUCAAAGAAGGAUUUGAUCUGCUCUACAAAGGAGAGUGCAUUCGAACGGUCCUGGUGAUGUGA